AUGAAAGAUGAAACAGAUGGACAAAUGGACAACACGGCCGACAAAAAGACGGUUAAUGGCAAAGUUGUGGGUCACAGCACGCCAUCAACCUUAAAUCAACCAUCAUGCCAAGGAGCAAAAGCAAUAAGCAAACACGAGGCUGAAGGGAAAACUCAUCCAAAGGACGCGGUCGAUAAGGCAAGGUGCCAAAAGGUGGUCAAUGAGUACGUGGCUUUCCAGACCACCCAGAAGGCAGAAACGGUGAAACGCAAUCGUUCGCAGGACGAAAGCGACAAACCUACGAAGAAGCAAAAAGUGUCGGUUCACACCGCUUCAAUACCAAAGCCAGCCAAACGCACAUUUAAUAAGGUGGCGCGGGAUCACCUGCAAAUAGCGUUGGUUGAUGAAAUAACUAACCGCGGUAAACCUGCAUCGGAGAAGUGGUCCGAAAUUGUCGUCGAUCACGUCAUGGCAAACCCGGAGGGUCAAGUGCCAGGUUUUGAUUCAAUGGAGGUGGUCCGCGGAUACAGGGUGAUCAAAUGCGAUGAUCAAUUCUUCCUUAACUUCCUGCAAACAGUUGUGGCUGCCGCGCUUGUGUCGCCAAGCUACGCGCAGUCGCCACAGGUGCAGCAAUUACAGCAACUGCUUGGUAUCGGUUUGGACAAUCUAGUUUUGAAUACGCUCUACAAUGACGUAUGCACUACAGCUCCACGCCCGAAUGCCACCUAUGACUUCAUCAUUGUGGGCGCCGGUCCAGCUGGUUGUGUGCUUGCAAAUCGGCUCUCCGAGAAUCCAAAUUGGACAGUGUACCUCAUCGAGGCAGGCGGUGUGGAAGGCAUCUUCCACCAAAUACCCGUGCUCGCCGCCUUCCUGCAAGGCACUCAAUCCAAUUGGGGUUACAAAUCGACACCACAGAAGCGCGCCUGUUACGGCAUGUACAAUAACGAAUGCUUCUUGCCGCGCGGCAAAAUACUUGGUGGCACAAGCUCCAUCAACUAUAUGAUCUAUAAUCGCGGCAAUAGGCGCGACUUCGAUCGCUGGGCUGCUGCAGGCAAUAAGGGUUGGUCAUAUGAAGACGUCUUACCGUACUUUCUGAAAUCGGAGAAUGCCUACUUGACUGGCUUGGAGUACUCGCCUUACCACAAUCAUUCUGGACCGCUGAGCGUGGAGGAUGUGCAAUUUCGUACGCCAGCGGUGCAUGCUUUUGUGAAAGGCGCACAGCAAGCGGGACAUCCUAACACCGACUACAAUGGCCAAUCGCAAAUUGGCGUGUCCUACGUUCAAGCCAACACACGGCGAGGCAGGCGCCACAGCGCAUACCGUGCAUAUAUCGAGCCCAUACGCUACCAACGAAGGAACCUGCACAUUGUCACUAUGGCCCGUGUAACGCGCGUACUGAUAAAUCCCAUAACCAAGCGCGCGACUGGUGUAGAGCUCUUGUACCGCAAUAAAUACUACAAAGUGCGCGCACGCAAGGAGGUCAUACUAUCGGCUGGCGCUUUCAAUUCACCACAACUCUUGAUGCUAUCUGGCAUUGGGCCGGCGGACAAUCUCAAAGCUAUCGAUGUGCCCGUGGUGAAGGAAUUGCCAGUAGGCAAAUUACUCUACGAUCACAUGUGUCACUUCGGUCCAACAUUUACUGUCAACACCUCCAGAGAAUUGCUCAAUAUUGCGCAUCUCACACCGAGCUUGGUGAAAUCAUUUGUGUUGGGCAAUCCGGGCACUAUGCUCUCUUCGAUUGGUGGCGUAGAAGCGCUUGCGUUUCUGAAAGUGCCUAGCUCAAAGGAGCCUGCGGAUAUGCCCGACAUCGAAAUCAUCACAGUGGCAGGCAGCUUGGCUGCCGAUCAAGGUAGUGCGCUCAAGCAGGGCGCCAAUUUCAAAGACGAGCUCUACAACAAAGUAUAUCGACCGCUGGAACGACGUGACCACUUUAGUUUCCUUAUCAUGCAGUUCCAUCCGAAAUCUGUGGGACGCCUUUGGCUACACAACAGAGAUCCAUUUGAAUGGCCGCGCAUAAAUCCAAAGUAUUUCUACAACGAAGACGACGUGCAGUUCAUGUUGGAAGGUAUCAAGGAAGCGAUACGCAUCACGCAAACACCUGCGAUGCAAAGUUUGGGCACUCGCAUACACGAUAUACCAGUGCCCGGUUGUGAGCAUCACACCUUCGGCACAGAUGCCUAUUGGCGCUGCUCCAUACGUACGCUAUCGUACACGCUGCACCAUCAGGUGGCCACCUGUCGUAUGGGUCCUGAAAGUGAUCCCACCACCGUUGUCAACGCCGAGUUAAAAGUGCACGGCAUACAGAGUCUGCGUGUAGUGGACACCAGCAUCAUCCCAUUCCCGCCUACGGCUCACACUAAUGCGGCAUCGUUUAUGAUCGGAGAGAAAGCGGCCGAUAUGAUACGUGACGAUUGGCAGUGAAAGUGAAAUAGUAAAAAUGUAGUUUAGCGGUAUUUUAGAAUAAUUUAUCAUUAAUUUGCAUUAAGCAACCGAUUUAUGUUAAGUAUUGUCCAGUCUGGAUGAGAUGUAGGGAGGAACAAAGUGAAAAGUGAAU